AUGGGGGAGAAGAACGGGAAGUCGAAACUGCCCGAGAAGUCGACCGACUUCGUCGACGACGGUGUUUAUAGACAGACUGGAGUCGAGAAAUGGGUCAACACAUUGCUGUGCAGAGGCGAUCUGGCCAAGGAAUCGUUUCAAGCGAAGCCGGUGGGAGUCUUGGACUUGGUGAGUCAUCAUUUUUUGUCAAAAUUAUUUUGUUUCCAAUCUGGUUCCAGUUCAAAUACGCCGAGGAACAUGAUCGACUUCUAAUCCUAAUCGGUCUCACUUCAUCCAUCAUUACUGGUGCCGUUCAGGCGCUGGUUGCCGUCAUGGCCGGCAAGUUGGCGACAGCUUUGAUUGAGAGCGAUCAGGGGGUAAAUUUUGAAUUUUUAAUUGCCAGUUUUUCGAAAAAAACUUUAAAAAUUCUUGAAAAUUAUGGGUGACAUGUUAUACGAUGAAAAAAAUUUGAAAUGUUUUCAUCGUAUAACAUGUCACACUCAUUUUUUCAUUUAAAAAAAUGUGUCAUCGUAUAAAAUGCCACCUUUCAUUUUGAAAAAAUGAAAAAAUUUUCAUGUUUUUUGAAAAAAAUGGGACUCUUCGGGAAGGCGGGCCUCUUCGAAAAAUAGGGCCUCUUCACCUGCAACGAAAUUUUUUAAAAUCAAAUAAAAAUCAAUUUUCGGUUGCCCGUUUUUCAAAAAAAUUUUAAAAAAACUUGAAAAUGACAUGUUAUACAAUGGAAAAAAAUUUGAAAUUUUUUCAUCGUAUAAGAUGUCACUAUCAUUUUUUCACUCAAAAAGUUGUGUCAUCAUAUAAAAUGUCACCUUUCAUUUUGAAAAAAAUGAAAAAAAUUUUAUGUUUUUUUUGAGAAAAGUGGGACUCUUCGGCAAGGCGGGACUCUUCGCCUGCGACAAAAUUUUUUAAAAUCAAAAAAAAAACCAUUUCAGAAAAUAACGAAAGACGAAAUGUGGGACCGCGGUUUUUUCAUGGUAAAAAUGAACAUUUGCGUUGGAGUAAUUGUCAUCGCGACCUCGCUGAUAACGAACUACUGCUUCAAGUUGGCGGCGAAAAAUAUUGCAGCGCAUUUGCGAAGUCGGUUCAUAAAAUCGAUCCUGCGACAAGAUGCGCAAUGGUUCGAUCAGCAAAAGUUUGGAGCGUUGAACACACAGCUCAACGAGUAAGUGAAUGCAAUUAGGUUUAACGCCAAUUGCAGCAACAUUUCUCGGAUUCAUGAUGGAAUUGGGGACAAAGUUGGACUCCUUAUCAGAUGCAUGUGCCAGUUGAUUGUCACUUUGAUUGUUUGUUUUGUGAUCGAUUGGCGAAUCACGGCGUCGAUGAUUGUCUCCGCCCCAUUGUCUUGUCUGAUCAUGUCGUCAAUGGCGAGGGUAAGGCCAGGUUUUAUCAAAAAACGAAAAAAAUUUGGAGAGUAAUUAAAAUAUUGUCAGCCUGUCGGGAAAAUAAUGAGCACAAGAAUAGCAUCGCAAUAUUGUAUCGCGGAAAAAUCAAAUUUCUUUUCACUUCAGCGACGUGAUUGGCGCAGCGACAUUGUGCUCAUUAUUUUCCCGACAGACUGACAAGACAUGUACGAAACUUCUAAACCGCGCUUUGCAGAAACGACAGAGAUCUUUAGGUUGAAAAGAAAAAAUUGUCGCACCGAACCAUCGCUCCGAAAUCGUUCGGUGAUUUUUCGUUAGCGCAAAAACUUCAAAAUUCACCCUGCAGAAUGAUGUUUCUGGGUCAAAAUGCACACUAAAGAUCAGCGAUUUUCGCAGCGACACACCAUAACCGCACCGUGCAAAUUAUCAUUCCUUAGUCGCGUGAUAUUUGCGAUACGCCCGGUGAAAAGACAACAGCACCGUGCAAUCGGCUUUUUCGAGUUUUGCUCGCACUCUGACUCUCUUUUUCACAUUGUAUGUCGUAAAAAUCACCUCAGCAACUUUACGAACAGACUUGUGACAGGAUUUUUUGCCCCGAGUUGUACGUCGCGGCGAUCUUCGAAUUACACAGUGCAAAAGCGAAAUGCACAGUGCGAAAAGCUUUGCGACAAAAAGUCCACGCACUUUUGAGAAAUCGUCGCAAAAAACCGAUUUUUUCAGAUGAUCAGCAGUUCCACUGCCAAGCAGCUUCCGCUUCUGGACAAGUCCGGCGCAAUUCUUCAAGAGACCAUCAUGAAUGUAAAGACGGUCCAGUCCUGUAAUGGCCAACAAGAGAUGAUCAAAAAAUACCAUGACUCGUUGCUCGCCGCUCGCAUUCACGGGAUUUUGAUUGGGGUUUGGCAGGGACUGUUCGACGGGAUGUUCUUCGUUGUGAUCUAUGUGUUCUUCGCGAUUGGCCUAGUUUACGGCGGAUACCUGUAUUACAUGGACGAGAUCGCCUCGGGCGAUGUGUUUAUCAUCACGACAAUGUUGACGAUGAGUGUGUAUUUUGUGGGCUUUAUUAGCCCGCAUAUCAUGUCCGUUUUCAAGGCCCGAGUUUCGGCUGCGAUUAUUUAUCAGCAAAUUGAGCGGGUAAGAGAGGAAAAACUAUUAUAAAAAGGUGAUAUUUUAUCUCUCUAGAUACCCGAUAUCGAUUGCUACAACGACUACGGAGAAGAACUGCCAAACUGUAAAGGACAUAUCAAAUUUGAAGAUGUGAAGUUCGCAUAUCCAAACAGGAAAGAUCGACAAGUUUUGAAGGGCGUGACUUGGGAAGCCCGACCUUCAGAGACCGUGGCGUUGGUUGGGCAUAGUGGGUGUGGUAAAAGCACAUCAGUAAGUCCUCCUUUACUGGUGUUGAUGAUCGAGCUACGACCUUUAAUUUUGUAAACAUUUGGCACAAAUUUUUAUUAGAAAAAUAUCGGCAAUCAUUUGGCUUCCGAACGCAAAACCUAUGACAUUUGGAAGAGCAUAAAUAGAGCAUGUACAACGCAAGAAAAAAGCCCAAUUGGCCAUAGGUCACAAUUUUGGCCCAAACAAAAAAUUUCUUAUUUCCGGUGCCAUUUUGUCAGUCUGUCGGGAAAAUAAUGAGCUCUCUGUUGCAUCAAAAAUAUCAUCGCCGUCGAGAAAAUGAAUCGUGUCGUGAAAAAAUUACAUUGCUUUCACUUCAACGACGUGAUUGGUUGCAGCCAGAAAUUGCCACGGCUCCGAGCCGGGAGCCAGAGCCGGAGUCGGAAAUUUUGGGGUCGCCUCCGGCUCCCGAGCCCAAAGUCGGAGCUAGGCUUCCCAGCGCACGUCAAACUGAGAUAAGCUAAAACAGUCCGGUGAAUGGAUUGGCAAUUUGCCAAAAAAAGACGCGAAAAAACGUUUUGUCGGGGAAGAAAUGGGGAAUUUUCGGGGCGAGAGAGUACGCUUUUGCGUGUCUUUUUUCUCUCUUUCUCUGGAAAUCAAGACGAAAUGUAAAAAACCGAUAGCGAAGAGUCUAUUCCGGUCACCGGACUCCUCAGUUUGACGUGCAGCGGUCAGAAAAGUAAAAAUUUCGUUAUUUUGGCAAACCAAAUUGCUUGGAAAACACUGCGGAGGAUGUGACUUGACUGCAAAAACGUUGGCUGUAUGAUCUCUGGCACUAAUAACGUUUAUUUUUGAAAAAAUGUUUAAAAAAAUUUUGCAUAGGAGCCGGGAUUCGGAGCCGGAGGACUUUUUAAAUUUUUCACGGAACCGAGAGCCGGAGCCAAAAAUUUUGACCGUGGAAAUCUCUGGUUGCAACAUCGUGCUCAUUAUUUUCCCGACACACUGAUUUAGGCUGUCACACAGUCAUCGAAAGCGUGUUGGAGUGGCCGAAUGGAAGUGAUCUCGCGUCUUGAGCGGCAAAUUUUUUUGCUUUGAAAAGAUAGUCAUACCUUUAAAGCGGAAGUUAAAAUUCAUCAAGUGUGUUUUUUGGACUGUAUUUUCUCAGUGACCAUAGCUCGUCUACCGUAAAAAAGAGCCAAUAAAAUUUGCGGAGCUAAUAAAACUUGCAGACAGUAAACAAUAUGUAAUUCGUUUGCAAAAAAAUUUUGCUGACAUCUGAAGUUGCCAAGCUCAUCUCUUCCAGAUCUCUCUGCUCACCCGCCUCUACGACGUGACCGCCGGCAAGAUCACCAUCGACGGAGUGGACAUUCGGAACCUCAAGAUCACCACUCUCCGUCAAAUCAUCGGCAUCGUCCAACAAGAGCCCGUCCUCUUCAACGGGAGUAUCUUCGAAAACAUUAAGCUCGGAGACGACUCGAUCACAAUGGACAAGGCCGAGCGGGCUUGUCGAAUGGCCAAUGCUCACGACUUUAUCCAAAAACUGGAGCACGGCUACAACACCAACAUUGGGAGUGGGGAAAUCCAGCUUUCCGGCGGGCAAAAGCAGCGAAUUGCGAUCGCCCGCGCCAUCGUCAACAACCCACCGAUCCUGCUGCUGGACGAGGCCACGUCGGCGUUGGAUGCGGAGAGCGAAAUCCACGUGCAGCAGGCGCUGAAGCACGCAACCCAAGGCCGCACCACCAUCGUCAUCGCGCAUCGGCUGUCGACGUUGCGGGACGUGCAGAAAAUCAUCGUGUACGACAGCGGCGCGGUCGUGGAGAUUGGCUCGCAUGUGGAGCUGAGCGAAAAGGAGGGCGGCCUGUAUUCGUCGCUGGUGAAACACCAACAGUUCAAGAGUGUGGACAAGGAGCAAACAAAUGAAGAGCCGAUGGUGAUGAAGAGAAAGGAGACGCUGAGAGGGUCCUCCUUGAUGUCCAGAGAUAGUGUCAGUGUGCCGGAUCUGGGCGGUAAGUUUAGUUGUGAAGUGUGUCGGGAAAAUAAUGGGCAAAAUCCAAAAUCUCCACAAAUUCUCAUCCCCCAAUUUUCAGCCGAGAUAGCAGCCGAAGAGCCCGAAUAUACGGACCGUAAGCCUCGAUAUGGCCUACUCACUCUCUACAAAAAUUGCCAAGGAGAGUAUGUAAAGUUCAUAACCGGCGCCAUUUUUUGCUGUGUUCGCGGAAUGGAGCUGGUCUUUUAUGUCGUUGGGCUUACUUUAUUGUUCGAUGCAUUCCGCAACAAAGAAGUGCCAUGGGAGCAGUUCGCUGUAGGGUUGGAGCUGGUUGGUUGGUUCAACGUCGCCCUCGGAUUUUAUGCGCUGAUCGCGAUUCUUGGGAGUGUAUGUUGAUUUUCAAGGAAGUAGAUGAUUUUUGGGCCGUGAAAUCGUUUUUUUGGCGCUACGAGGGUCGAUGAUACUUUUGGUCGUAUCGAUUGGUCGUUGUAUGCAUGAAGGAGGCCAGAAGAAAGCUUGGUUAAAAGAAAUAAUGAGAUUGAUCGAGUCCUAAGAUAGUAUAUCACCUAUUUUAAGCUUUUUAUUAUACAUCCUUUACUCCAAUAGUAUCCAAAUAAAACCUUUGGAUCUCCGUUUUUGGCUGCAAGUUUUGUUCUUUUCUAUAAAUAGGUUACAAUAGCUCAGGGUGAAGAAAACUAAAAUUAGCAAUAUCAAAAAUUAGAAAAAUCGGUUUCUAAGUCUUUGCCAAGUCUCCGCCGAGCAUCCAACGGCUUUGCCAGGCUUCGUAGGCAGCCCCUACACCCUUUUUGGGGCCUCCACUUGUUCUACGCCUCAUAUCGAUCAAUUUUAUUUUAACCGGAACUGUAGUCGACCCGAAAAGUCGCCCCUUUUUUACAUUACUUCUUUAUAAAAACACCAAUACCAUUCCAUUCCAGCUGGCUUUCCUCAACUGGGCCGGAGAGAAUGUCCUGAUCAAGCUGAAGGUCCGCGCUUUGUCCACCAUCCUGUCGCAAGGUGCCGCCUACUUCGACCGACCUCAAACCUCCCCACCGAAACUCGUCCAACGCAUCACCAACGACAGUCUGAACUGCAAGGCCGCGAUGGACAUCCGCCUCUACCACGUGCUGAACAACGCGUUCUGUACAUUUAUGCAGUUCAUUGUGACGUUCGCCAUGUCCUGGCAUAUCGGCGUGGUGGGGACCAUUCUGUACAUCGCCAUCUUGGCCGUUCUGGGAUGUAUGGCGCGCAUGAUGCAGGAUGGAAUCCGCGCGGUCCAGAAACGCGAUGACAGCCCGAAACUGGCGGUGGAGAUCAUCGAAAACACCAAGACUAUCCAGCUGCUGACUAGAGAGAAAUACUUUGCGGAAAAGUAUGACCAAAGUCUUGAAGCGCCGGAAAGUGAGGAGAAAAAAGUGAGUUUGAUGAAAACAAAGUACUUUUUGAUCAAACAUGACACAAAUUUAAAAUAGUUUUUUCAGAGACAUAUAGGUUCUUAGUACCUUGCAGAAAUGACCGAGAUUUUUAGGUGAAAAAAGUGGGAAAAAAUUGGUUUUUCCACGAAUUUUGGUAUGAAACGCUUAUUAAUUAUGCCUAAUUCUAUUGUAAAGAGCAGUGCUUCCGUAAAGGUUCCGCAGAGCGGCCACCACCUCCAAAAAAUCAAGUCUUUUGAAAAUGAGAAGCGCGCAACCUGCGGAGGAUAUGUUAUACGAUGAAAAGUUGGCUAGGUGCAGACUGGGUUAAGCCUAUUUUAAGUUUUGCGUAAGCUUAGAUAUCCCCUUACAAUUUUAGACUUAUUUCUACUGCCUCACCACUCUCCGAGCUUUGCGUAUUCUCUCUACAGCAAAGGUGGUUGAAUAUCUGAGCUGCCGCUGCAAAGCGCGAGCUGAAAUUUUUGGGAAUGCAUAUGUGGCAUAUGCCCAAAAUGUGUGAAAAGUUAAUAGAAAAUCUUAGAGACGCAUCCGGGAUCUCAGCCUCUCGGGAAAAUAAUGUGGAUUUGUCGUAGCAAAAUAUCUCGCCUCAUCGCUCGUACACUAAAUCUCCAGCCGUCGCAAGGCGAUGAUGGGCCCGAGAAAUCCACAUUAUUUUCCCGACGGACUGAUAGUCCUCUUGUUAUCGCAUUUUAGGUGAUAUGGGCCGACUCCGUCACCUUCAGCAUCACCCAAUCGGCCAUGUAUCUCAGUGACGUCAUUUGUUACUCCUGCGCCUUGUGGAUGAUUUAUUAUUGGGACGCGGAUGUCACCAGGAUGUUCAUGUAAGACGGGAAAAACUUAAGUAAGAAGUUCUUUUUCUAGGGCCUGCAACACGAUGAGCACCAUGUCCUGGUCGAUCCUGUUCAUCAGCAUCUCCCUGGUGGAGAUGAUGCACGCGGCGCCGGCGACCAACUCGCUCUUCUCCAUCUUCGGCGAAGACCUUUGCGUGGACGCGAACGAGGAGUACGGCGAGACGCCCAAAGUCAUGGGGAAUGUGGUAGCGGAGAAGGUCUUCUUUUCGUAUCCCACCCGUCCCGACAUCACCGUUACCAACGGGCUGAAUGUCAAAGCUUUGGCUGGGGAGACUAUAGCGUUGGUGGGGCCAAGUGGCGGUGGAAAAAGUACGAUUAUCAAUCUUUUGCAACGAUUUUAUGAGCCCAAGUCCGGCAAUGUGAGUGUGGAUGGGAACGCGAUCAACAGCUUCAAGUUGUCCUAUCUUCGCUCUGAAAUGGCGUUAGUAGGACAAGAGCCAGUGCUAUUUUCGGGCACUAUAUAUGAGAACGCCACACUGGGGAUGGAAGACGUCGAUCCGCAUUGGGUAAUGGAGGCAUUCGAGCUGGCGAACGCCAAGAAAUUCAUCGAAAACCUCCCCGAAGGCUAUGACACAGAAGUCGGCGAGAAAGGCGCGCAAUUGUCCGGAGGGCAGAAGCAACGCGUCGCCAUCGCCAGAGCAUUGGUCCGACGGCCCAAAAUCCUGCUGCUGGACGAAGCCACGUCCGCGCUGGAUGCGGAAAGUGAGCGCGCCGUGCAGCAGGCGCUCGACACGGCGGCCAGCGGCCGCACCUGCAUCACCAUCGCGCACCGGCUGUCCUCGAUUCAGCAUGCUGAUAAAAUAUAUUUCAUCUCGAAUGGAAGGGUGACCGAGGUCGGCACUCACGCCGAAUUGAUGAAUGCCGAUGGCGCGUACGCGGAUAUGAUACGAAAACAGGAUCUUCAGUCUACAGCUGAGAAUUGA